AUUUGGGGUGGAGGAGGAAACAAACUCUCAAACUUGGAGAUCAGAGAAAAGUGAAAGUCCAGGUGUGUAGAGCUCAGGGACAGAGGAUGUGGUUACGCAUCAUACUAUUAGGUUGCUUGUUCCUUGUGAAUGCCCAGCAGGAUUGCUCCCAUGGAGCAUGCUAUCCCGCAGUGGGAGAUCUUCUUAUUGGAAGAACUAAUUACUUAAGAGCGUCCUCAACCUGUGGAAUUGAGAGGCCUGAAACCUACUGCACUCCCUAUGGAGAGACCCAAAUGCAAUGUUGUCGCUGUGAUUCCAGAGAGCCAUAUUCAGCACUGAGUCACCGAAUCAUUAAUGUAGUGUCUCCAGUCGGUAACCUUCGUUGGUGGCAAUCUGAGAAUGGAGUUAAUCCGGUCACCCUGCAGUUUGACCUUGAUAGGAAGUUUCAGCUCAGUGACGUCACGCUGGAUUUCAGGAGCCCCCGGCCAGCUGGAAUGCUGAUUGAGCGAUCUUCAGACUUUGGAAAGUCAUGGCAGGUGUAUCAGUACUUAGCCUUUAACUGUGCUGCCUCCUUCCCACAAAUAAAACGAGGCCGUCCCCAAAACCUAGAGGAUGUGUGGUGCCAGGAGCUACAGGGGAACCCCACACAUGGGGGAAAGAUACAAUUCAGCCCAAUGGCAAUGGCUUUCUCAGCUCCUGUCUCCAAAAGUCAACAAAUCCACCAGCUUGGAGAGCUCACCAACCUGAGAAUUAUUUUCACUCAGUUAACACGCCUACCACCCCAGAGAUAUCGAGAACCCAGCGCCUUCUAUGCUAUCAAUGAGAUGCAGGUUCAUGGCAGUUGCUUCUGUUACGGCCAUGCAGACCGAUGUGUACCAGGCACUGAACCGGCAAGAGACCCAUUUGGUGAUAUUCAGGUACACGAUACAUGUGUGUGCCAACACAAUACUGCUGGAGCAAACUGUGAGCGCUGUGCUGACCAGUACAAUGAUCUGCCCUGGAGGCCGGCACAUGAAAACAGCCCCAAUGAGUGCAGACGUUGUAACUGUAACAAUCACUCUGACAAAUGCCACUUUGAUACUGCCGUAUAUGAAGCCAGUGGCAGAGUGAGUGGAGGUGUGUGUGAGGAUUGCGCUGACGGCACAGCGGGGAAGAACUGCGAAAACUGCAGACCGGACUACUACAGGAAUCCAAAUAGAGACAUUGAUCACCGGGAUGCCUGUAUAUCCUGUGAUUGUGAUCCAGAGGGAAGUGUAGAUAGCGGAAGCUGUGACCCUAGGAAUGGGAGAUGCAUUUGCAAGGAAAAUGUUGGUGGAGAGCGCUGUGACCAGUGCAAGCCAGGAUAUUACCUACUGAGUGCUGACAACCCACAAGGCUGUACCAAGUGUGACUGUAACCCACAAGGAACGGAAAGAGACCAGCCAUGUAACAGUGAAACAGGACAGUGUCAGUGUCUCCCAAAUGUCACAGGUCAGCGAUGUGACCAGUGCACCUCCCACCAUUGGAACAUUGCCAGUGGGAGGGGCUGUCAGAUGUGUGGGUGUCAUCCCAGGAAUUCUUACAGUCUCCAGUGUAAUCAGGUCACUGGCCAGUGUCUGUGCAGGAAUGGCUUUGGAGGCCUGCUGUGUACUGAGUGCCCAGACAAGAUGUAUGGAAACCUACAGUCUGGAUGCAGAGGAUGCAAUUGUGACUUCCAAGGAACACUUGAAAAUGGCUGUGAUAAAGCAACCGGGAAAUGUUUGUGUCGGUCAGGAUUUGUGGGUGCACGGUGUGACUCCUGCCAGAGAGGAUACACUGACACAUUCCCCAACUGCAGACCCUGCCACUCCUGUUUCCAGUUUUAUGACCAUGAGCUUACAGUUUUUGGUACUCAAAUGCAAACACUGAGCAACGCUAGUGCUGGACAAGCAGGACAGUUUGAUAUUGACUUUGGACCGAAGAUGGCCUCUGUUGAAACUGAACUGAAGCGUAUCCAGAUGUUGUCCAGUGAAUCAAGCAUCUCCGACAGUGAGAUCCUACAUAUGGAAAACCAACUAGCAAAAAUGAGAAGUGACGUCAGGCAGCUGAAUCCCGACCUGGCCGCUGUGGAAGGUUUAGGAUCUCUUUCAGAUGACUUAAAUUCCUUGAGGGUCAAUUUCAACAGUGUUAAUGUGCUUUAUCAGAGUAAAACAACUGAGCAAGGGAACAGCAUUUCCACUGAUGCCUCAGGUGUAUUCAAGACUGUUAGUGCUGCAUACCAGUCAUCACUGGAGUCAACAGAAAGGGUGGCAGCAGCCGGGGCAUCUGUAUCCCAAUCCAGGGACAUUAGGAAAGGGGUAAAUGGUCUUGAAGGGAAGACCCAAGAGGCAGUGUCUGACUUGGAGACACUGAAGGAGGAGCUGUCCUACCCAAAUCUCACACCAUCCAUUAAUAGGAUCUGUGAGGGUAUGAGAACAGAUCCCUGUACCCCAGAAAAUUGCCCUGGAAUUAUAUGUCAAAGGAACAAUGAUACAUUGUGCAAGGUGGGGUCACUAUGCAGGGGAGCAAUCCCUUUGUCCAUGAAUGCACUGAGGAACACACAGAAAACUGCCCAGGACCUCCGGGAUCUCAACAGCCAACUGCUGAAGAACACACAGCUGAUCCGAGAAGCAGAAAAAACAGCUAAUCAGAUUAAAGAUUCUGCCCAGCAUCUGACAGAACAAGUGACCAGGACCAGGAAUCGCAUGGAACAGGAUAUAGGAAGCACCCGACAGUUCAUACAGCAAGUCAAAGACUUCUUGACAGAGCCAUCAACUGAUCCUGCCACUAUCCAAGAGGUCAGCGAGUAUGUUUUGUCCCUAAAACUACCUGUUGAUGCCUCCUCUCUCCAGAGGAAGAUGAAUGAAAUUCGCAGUAUCGCAGCAAAGUUGCCAAAUGUGGAUGUGGUAUUGUCCCAGACAAAAGAGGAUAUUGCCAGAGCAAAAAAAUUGCAGAGUGAGGCGGAGGAAGCCAGCAAGAAAGCUAAAGAUGUUGAAGAUAAUGUUGAUGGCGUGGUAGAGAAUAUAAGACAAGCAAAGAAAGCCCUCCAGGAGGCUGAGGACAAAAUCCGUGGGUCAAGCUCAUCUUUGCAGCAAGUCCAGGAUCGUAUGCAAGAGAUAGAGCAAGUUCUGGUCCCUGCAGAGAGUGGACUGACAGACAUGCGGGCUCAGCUUCAGGAUUUUACACAGCGUGUAGAGAAGCUGCGAGAGAGAACUGCGGAAAGCCUACGGCAGGCUGGCCAGGCCAAGCAGGCAGCGGAGGGAGCACAUGGAAAGGCUAUGGAUGCACAGCAGGAUCUAGCUGUUGUGAAGGAAAAAUAUGCACUGUUUAAGAGCCGCCUGGGCCAAAACUCAAACCUUGGCGUUCAGGGAGAAAAGGUUGCCAACAUCAAGAUGGAGGCCGACCGUCUUUUCCAAGAAUCAGAGGGAAUGAUAAGAAGGAUGAAAGAAAUUGAAAGUGAGCUUCUAGAGGGGCGGCAAUCUAUUAUGGACAAAUUUUCAGAGCUCGAGGGGUUGGAAGAUGAGGUGAUACAAAUCCGAGAUUUCAUCAGUGCCAGAGCUGUCUUCUAUGCAACCUGCAGGGAUUAAAACAGGCCUCCUACAUUCCCAAUGGCCCAUGUCUAUUCUCAUAGAGCUUCAGAUGAACAUCUUCAUGUACUGUAUAUGCUGACCCGUAUAGUUAUUAUUUCUAGCUUUUACCCCUAUAAACAGUCAUACAGGCAACCAAUCAGCAAAUAGCACAAGCACUAAGCACUGUUAGACAGUAAAAGCACACGUGUGAUUGCUUGUUAUUGGUUAUUUUGUAUUUGCGUGUUUUGCACUUUGUGAGUUUAAAUAACAGUCAAAUUGAGCUAUUUUUGGGUGUAGUGGUUGCAACAAAUUGUUUAGUAAACAUUAAAACUCCUGAAGUAAUAAUAUGGAAAUAUGUAAAGAUAUUUGAACAAAUUAUGGAUGAGGAUGAGGUCAAUAUAGUAACGUUUGUGAUCAGAUGGAUUAUAGUCUCAAAACACAUACUGAUAGGCUAAUUCGCUUCUGACAAGAAUACCAAUUCACUGGGUGCCCAGAAUCGGGUGGGGCUUCCUGCCUCCUGGAAAAGUGGGCAAGCCUCUCGGAGUCAGCCACUGCCAUUAGUUAACUGCCCCCUUACCGAGUGAAGUGAGCGUCCCAGUGGCCGAUGUACGCUGCGUAACAUGUAGUCAUUAUAGAUCACAGGUUCUCAAACUCUGUCCUCAUUACCCCACACAGUGCAUGUUUUGCAAGUCUCCUCACAGAAUCACAAGUGAAAUCAUUUGCUCCACCUGUGGACCUUUUAAAAUGUGUCAGUGAAUAAUGAAUACACCUGUGCACCUGCUGGGUUACCUGCAAAACAUGCACUGUGUGGGGUCCUGAGGACCGAGUUUGAGAACCACUGCUAUAGAUAACUGUUGAUAAUAAAUAAGGCUGCCAGGAAGAGACAGCUGAAACAUGCUCAGUGUUGGAGUUGAAUACACUGUUAUGUUUAAGCUGUGAUGACCUCAUGUAUGUUUUUUAUACUGUUAGAAUAAAUAUCAUUACAUUGCCAGCACAUAAACAAAUAACAAUCCAGAAAACUCUGACAACAUCACUUCAGUAUUCUCAAGUUACUCUGUUACAACUCUUGAGUUUAAGGUAUAACAUAUACUUCCUAAUGUAUAUAUGAAUAUCACAUUGUCCUUUGAUGUUGUGUAUCUUGUAUAAAAGCACUUAGCCUUGUAUUUUAUAUCAGUUCUCUGGGCCAGAAAGAGCAUUGGCUCACCCCCACCCCCACCCCACUUUCGCUGCCUUUGCCCUUCCCCAUUUUUAAAAUACGUAGAUACAUUUAUAGAACACCUAUACUUUCAGAACACUACAAGAAACUGGACUUGGACACCAAUCAUCCUAUUCAUUAAUUCAUUCACUUAACAACUUCGGAGCUAUUUGUCAUUUAGUUACAUUAUCCUUUGUUUUACUAAAUAACAAAUUUCUUAGCAGUCAUACCCGGGACCUUUCACAUUGACAGGCAGGGUACAUUCAGUCACAUCCUCAUAUAUUUAACAAAUAUAUUUAAAAUACUUUCACACCUGGGAGUCAAACCCAUCACUUCUCAACAUUGUGUCACAUUGCAGGGAGGGGAUCAGUAUGAUACAAUGGCUGUGAGGAGACCGACGCUGGGAUCCCAACAGCUGGAAUACCGGCAGAAAGUGCUAUAUAUAGGGUUACAUUCCCCCUCCGGUGGUUGCGUAGACCACCACUCGAGUGGUGAUUCCGACCGCUGGUAUUUCACCGGGUGUCGGGAUUCUAGCUUCAGUCUCCUGACAGCCGGGAUCCCGACAACCGGUAAAUUGACUGCUUCCGCAGGGAGACACUGCACUAAUAGAGAUUUUUGCUCCUAAGCUAAUUCUAACGAUAUGAAGCUUAUAAUUGUCAGUAUUAAAAAAUUGCAUUUAGGCAGAUCUAUGUAGUGUGCAGCUACACAUCCAAUCCCUGGAAGCCAAACACUACAUAGAUCUGCUCAACUGCAACGCUGAUUAGUUUUUACAAAAGUAUAAUGUGUCUCUUUAAGCUUCAUAUAGUUAGAAUUUGCAGGUUUCCUAUACAGGAGCAAAUAACUCCUUUAGUAAGGCGUCUGACUGCUAUGUGAGACAAUGCCGAGAGGGUUAUGGGUUCUAGUCCCAGGUAUGACAGUAUUUUAAAAUGUGUUUGUUAAAUAAAGGGGGAUGUGACUGAAGGUGCUUAGAGACAAGAGGAAACUGAGGUGGCCGGGUGAUGUUGGAAAUCAAAGAGGAGGGAAAGUUACAAAUGAGAAUGAUUAAAAUAGAAGAUUGACAGGUAUUGCUGAACAGAACAACGCCCCCUGCUUUGGCGGCACUCUAUCAACCACUCUAGUUACGGCCCUACCAUGCACUCUAAUUAAGCGACAGGAAAACCUUGCUCAUUUAUGCUGAUGUCCUAUAAUGGUACAAGCUACAGUACGUAAUAAGCAAGAUUUUCCUAAACUGAUAACCGGAUAUGUGCCAAAUAAAGUACAUUGUGCACCAUACCAUAUAUUUGCUAUUUAGACUAUAUGCUUCUUCCAGUGCUAUUUGUAUUUCUAAUCUAAGGUAAUAUGGUUUUGUGAUAUUUUAAGUGAAAUUAAUUGCAUACAUAUUAGAGACAUUUCAUAAAAAUGGUGCUAAUUUGAGUGAAAUUUUAUAUUUAUUAUAAAAAGUAUACAAGACGAGUAAAGCUUGAUGAAAGCGCACUAAAGUGAAAAGAUAUGUAAAUAUAUUUAUAAAAAAAACUGCAGUAAAGAGAAAACCUUUUUAGACAUUUUAGUUUAUAUUAUUCAUUAACAGUGCUUUCAUUGUAGCUUGCCGUUUUUAUGUCAUGCAAAUAGAGCAAUAAGUUACGCUUGAAAUAAAACCAAAUUUACAUCACAAUUUUUACAAAUGACCCAUAACACGUUUCUAUGGUGAUUUAACCAUUAAUGUCCUAUGUUUUUGAGUCAGAAUAAUUUUGGGCAAUACAGCAAAAGCAAAUUAGGGAAAGUAAGCAUAGAAUAUGUUUAAGUCCUGUUAAUUUAGAUAUGUUACAAUGUUACUGCUGUGACCCUCUACUAGCUGGAUAUAUAAUUAUAUACAAUUCACCUUUUUACAUUAUUUUCCACAAAAAUUUUACUUUGAAGACAUUUUAACACUCUAAGGUCAAUGUUAAUAUUUUACAUGUUUAUUUAUAUCACAAACUGUAUGUAUUUGAUAAAGAAAUAAAGUCAUUAUUCAUCAAA